GCGCAGAUGCCCAAGGCGGGAGAAUAUCCAAAAAUCGGUAAUAUCUGCGCUUCUCAGUUCGCGUAGCUAAUACCUGUCGUCAGUAGUGAAGUUUCCAGUAGGCGAGCUCAGCCGGGCACGAGGACGGUGGAUUUAUGAGGAGUUCGUAACUUUGACCGUUUAGUAUCGUGCUACUGAAGUCCAAAGAGAGCUAAUGGAAAAGGCAGCACUGCUUAGCGUGGUGCUGUGGACGGCAGUUAUUAUCUCUACUGGAGCCUCAGAAGGGAAAUACCAGGGAAAUGUGCUGAUACCUUCAUCAGAGAGCAGUGGACCCCACAUGAGAGUCCCUGAGGGAGAGGUUUUGACUGUGUGUGUAGUUAGGUCUAUAACAACUGCAAGACUGCUGGUAGCAGUAAAAGGUGAAACUAAUCCUGCAAAAAAUUCAGCAAUUGGUGGGAUAGAUCACUCCCCAACUGAAAUAUCUCUGGUGUUUGAAAAGUCUUUAGAGAACCAAACAAAGUGUGGAGAAUUCUCAAUCGUACAAGACGGCCUGAAUGAAGUACAGGAGACGUUUAACCUUACGUUAUCACAGGAUAAUGAAGUAGAUUAUUCAAACAAUGAUGGAGUAAACAUUCCAAACAAUAUUAUUACAGUUGAUAUUGUUGCCUGCCAACGGGGUGAUAUCAUUCUCAGUGAGAGCACAAGAAAGUCCUUUUCUAUUGUGGAAUAUUGUAAAGAUUUCGAGCAGUGGGUGAUACUAUGUGAUGAAGGUAAUAAUAAAUGGACAUUGGAAGAUGCAAUUGUGGUAUGCAGACAGGCUGGGAGAUUAGGUGAUGAAGUUAACCCUCAUGGGUUAGGAAAUAAAAUCCUGAAUGCAAGAGGAACAGUUCCACAGUGCUAUGGAAAUGAGAGUCACAUUGAUGAUUGUAAUAGCAGCAAUACUACUGAGUGCUGCCCGGUACUAGUUGAUUGUGGUCCAGUCUCGGGUGGUGACGACAGCAGUGGUUCUGCUGGCGUGAUAGCAGCUGCUGUGACCGUUCCUCUACUGGUAGUCCUGGCUGUUGUGUGUACUGCAGCUAUCACUCUGUUCUUGCUUUGGAAAAACGGGAAACUCCGCUGGGACUUACUCAAACUGCCACACAGGAGAAAGUAAAUUGUAUACAGUAUAAUCAUUGCAUGUGUAAACCAUAACUGUUACUGUUUUCUCAAUGGUUUACAGUUGUAGUUAUGAGGUUUCACUUUCCUUGUUUGGCGAUACCAACUUUCUAUUGAUACAUACUGAGUGUAUGUGGCCCACUUAGCGCAUAAUAGCUACUAGCAAACUGUAGUAAUAGCAGUUUGUUAAGAGUUGUUAUCUUAUACCUCCAUUAUUGAUGCAUAUGCAGUGAUGACUUUUAUAUUCCAGAAACCACUCGGGGAGAAGGCCGCAUGCUAUGAACAGCCAGCUACACAGCAGCUCUAACAUGAGCCACAGUUUGUCCGAGCCAGAGGCUGAAUACACUGCUCCGUUCACAGGGCCAAGUUUUGGUUUCCCCCCCACACCAGUCACCCCCACCAAACAGCCGUCCAGCAGGCAGCAGUCUGUGGUCGAAGAGCCGCACUAUGAGGGCUGCGACAUCACGUCGCAAACGAAGAAGCCCCUGGCCAAACGGCCAAUCAAGAAUCAGCUCAACGUCCCGCAAAUGCCGUUAAAGCUUGAGAAGGGUCAAGAAGACUAUUCCCACCUGCAGCAUUAACAGCUCCUUACCUAAUGCGAGUGCACACACACCUAUAGUGUUGGAAUUAUACCGAACACCGUACAAUACCUUCCCACAGUUACUUUUAUGCAGAUUUUAGCUAUUGUUACGAAAACUCAAUCCUCGUUUGAGAAUGUUGUUGUGAAAAGUUUCAUGGUAGUUUUG